AUGAAAACGAAAAUAGUACCAUUAAAAAUUAUCUUACUCCUCCUUAUACUUUAUAUUCUUCAAGGAGUUAUUAUUGGUUUUAUCUUAGCUAUUCCUUUAUAUUUGGAGUCACGCGGUGCUCAAUGGCAAGAACAAGGAACAUUUAAUUUUGUUGUUUAUCCCUUUAGUUUAAAAUUAGCAUGGGCACCAAUAAUUGAUGCUGUAUAUAUAUCAAGUUUUGGUCGAAGAAAAACUUGGCUUAUACCAAUACAAUUUUUAUUAGGAAUGAUACUUUUAAUACUUUCAUUUUAUUUAACAACAUUAGUUGAACAAUUAAAAAUAAAAACUUUAACAUGUAUUUUUUUCUUUGUGUAUUUUCUUCUUGCUAGCCAAGAUAUAUGUGUUGAUGGGUGGGCAUUAACACUUUUAACAAAUUAUAAUCUUCAAUGGGCAUCAACAUGUCAAACAGUUGGACAAACAAUUGGUCGUUUUGUUGGUUUUACUAUUUUAAUGACAUUUGAAUCAGCAAAUUUUACUAAUCGAUUUAUUCGAAGACCGUUUUUAUUAUCCGAAAAACCAUACGGAUUAUUUACAAUAGAUCAAUUUAUACGAUUUUGGGCUGUUGCUUUUCUAUUGAUUUCUUUUUGCAUAGCUGUAUUUAAAAAAGAAAGACAAGAAAAUAAUCAUUUAAACUUACGUCAAACUUAUUUAUCAAUAUUUAAAUUAUUUCAAAAAAAAUGUAUUCUACAAUUAGCAUUAUUAUUUCUUUUGAGUCCAAUAGGGUAUGCAGCAACCUAUGCAAUGACGAAUUUAGUCCUAAAAAAAUAUGGUGUUCCACGAGAAACACUUGGUCUACUUGGUAUUCCCUUAAUUUUUGUUAAAAUUCUUAUACCAUUUUGUAUAACACAAACAAACCGUCCAUUAACUUGGUAUAAUCGUUCAUAUUUACCUCGUCUUUUUAUGUGUAUCCUAAUUGCAAUAUAUAUUUAUUUUACACCAUAUAUAUUAUCUCAAUGGUAUUAUUAUCCAAUACUUAUUUGUCUUUUUAUGUUGAAUGAAUCUCUAAUUUAUUUAAUGCUUGUUUCUCGUGUUGGAUUUUAUGCACGUAUAAGUGAUCCAUGUAUUGGUGGAACAUAUAUUACAUUAUUAAGUAUGCUUGGAAAUCUUGGUGCUAGUUUAACAUCAUCAGUAGUUUUAUAUAUAGCUGGAUGGAUUAAACCAGAUAAAUUAGCAUAUCCUCUACUUGUUGGGAUUUGUUUUUUACUUGGUUGUCUUUGGCUUAUUGUGCAAUAUCGAACAAUGUUUCGAUUACAGACACUACCUAUAGAAGAAUGGCAUAUUCUAUCAAUCACAGUAACAUCUGACCACAUAAAUGAAGAAACUCCAGAAACAUGUGUUAAAGAAGAAGAACGACAAAACAUGGUUGAUGAUGUGAUGCGUGAUCAACACGUGAAGUAA